GGUGGGUCAUGUUUGAAGCUGGCAUAAAACAAAUGAACCAAAACCAAAACACAAGUCUGUGAAUAAAAGUGACUCCACUUUCUGUGUUCCUGGGUUUUAAUGAAGAAUCUUAAUGGAACCGCCUAGAAACCUUUUUUUUUGUUGUUUUAAUGUUUCGCCGUAAACAUCAUAAUAAAAGCGGCUCCAUAAACUUCCAAACAGUGAAGAUAAACCAACAGAAACGUAGAUAAACUGAACGAGUUCCCGCCAAUCAGCCUUGAAACAAAUGUUCUGUUUCUGACGCUCCUGAACGCAGCACAAACAGUUCUCUGUGGUUGCCAUGGCUACCAUUAGCGUCGCUGUCCGCUGAGCCAAUCACAGUAGGAGAUGCUGCUCACCAGCCAAUCAGAAAUGGAAACCAGACUUCCCGCAGCGCCCGUUCACGCACAAUCCCCGCAGACAUCACCUGUCCACGUCCACGCGGGAAGAAGUCCCGGCGACGCUGCGCAGAGGCGGGAAGCAGGUUCUGAGGGGAGGCUCCGGACCCCCUGGAUCCCUCCUGGAAGGUCGUCCUGCAGAAGAAACGUCUUCAGCUAUAAGACCAACAGGCUGCAGCCUCAGUGUGACGGCGUGGCCCCACAUGUGGGACUCUCCAAAAACCCACUGGACGGGCAGGACAGGUUGGUCCCAAAAGACCAAGAUGCAAACCAGCUUCUCAGAAUGCUUGUGGAGGCAGAGAUCGACGGUGUUGCUGUAGCCAAUCAGCUGUCAGCUCUGAAACAAACCAUUGACAGCAUAGAUAAGGAAAAUCGGACGCCAAAGUCCCACAUGAGGACUCUGAGAAGGCAUCAGAGGCUGCUGCUCGAGAAGAUGGCCACGUUCAACCGGACAAACCAAAGUCUCCGAGACCUCCUCAGAGGGUGGAGUAAAUCUGAGAGAGAAACGUUGAUGUGCUCAGAAGAGAGAGAUGGUUUAAAGAAGAGAGUGGUUGACACGGAAGCAGAGAACAUGCGUCUUGUGGCCAAACUCACCAACACAGAGAAAGAAGCUUCCAAACUGGCCGAGCACCUGGACUUAGAAAAAUGCCACGCAAAAACGACAGAAGACUUGUCACGAGUGCUGGAGUCAACUCGCAACCAUCUGGAGAUCCAGCUGAGCCAGGCGGAGAAGGAGAAGGUUCGGCUGAUUGCUCAGAUUCAGAGGAUGCAGCAGGACUUUGAUCAAAAGCAGCAGGAGCAGCAGCUUCUGCAGGAGGAGCUGCAAACUUUGAGGCAGCGGAGGGAGGAACAGGAGAGACAGGACAAGGAGGUGCUGCAGCAGCUCAGCCAGCGGGCCGAACAAGCUGAGAAGUCUGCUGGACGUUUAGCGGAGAAACUGGCGGAAAAGGAGGCGCAGUUGUCUCAGGCUCUGUCUGCAUCCAAGGAUUGGUGUGUCCGCCACGCGAAGGAGGCAGCGUCUCAGGUUCAGCUGAGGGAGGACAUGUCUGCUCUGCAGCUUCAGGUGCAGGAGCUCCAUUCUCAGCUUCUCUCAGCACAGACCAGGAGCCGGGCGGAGAAGGAGGAGCUCAGGGAUCAGCUCCAUCUGCUCGGUGCUGAAAAUGCCUCCACCAAGCUGGAAAACCACAGGCUGAAGAGUGAACUGAACGGGUCUGAGCAGAAGGUCAGGGAGCUCCACUCUGAAGCUCGUCACCUCAAGUCAUCGAUCCAGAAGUACGAAGCUCAGGUGGAGAAAUACAGGAAGAAGGUGCAGUCCUGCUCGUUUGUCAAACAGGAGGUUGUUUUGGUUCGCUGCACUGCAGUCUGGUCUCUGCAGGUCCAGCAGGGCCGUCUGGAAUCCGACCACUUCAGCCUUAAGCUGGAAGUGGCACAGAAGGAUGCCCGGGACAUGAAGGUAAGCCUGGAGAGAGCAAAGGACCAGGUGAGGCAGGAGCUGCUGGGCCGCCUGCGGGAGCUAGAGAUGCUGCCGGACCGACUGAGGAGAACGGAGCAGCAGCUCCAGGAGGCCACGCAGGAGGCCGAAGCCCUGGAGAGGAGAAACCAGGAGAGGAGCUCCGCCCUUUCUGAAGUCAGAUCCAAGGUGGAGCAGCAGGGCUCUCAGGUGGAGACACUACAGCAGAAACAUCUGCUGCUGCUGGAGGAAAAUCAGCUCUUCAAGGAUAAAAUCCUCAACCUUGACAGGCAGCUGAACGAUUUAAAGGUGGAAAACAGAGAGACGUUGCAGACUCUAGCUUCCAAAGAAAACUGCAUCCAUGCGCUGCAGCUGCAGCUGGAGGAGAAGACCCACGAGUGCAGCGUCCUGUCCAGAGAGCUGCAGCAAACUCUGAGCGACUCGCAGAGACAGGUAGACCACAGCACGCAGAGGCUUCUGGCUAAAGACAGAGCGUCUCAGACCAAAGCCCUGGAGCUGCAGAGCCAGCUGAGCCGCGCCAAAACUGAGCUGAGUCAGACGCAACGCAGCAAGGACGAGAUGGAGCGUGGCUUUCAGAGUCAGCUUCAGAACAUGAAGGAGCGACUGGAGCACGCGGCCUCCACCAACCGCACCCUGCAGAGCUACGUCCAGUUUCUGAAGGCGUCCUAUGGAAACGUCUUCGGGGACACUUUCCUGCCCGGCUAACCAGCAGUCUCACUUGGUCAAGCUUUUGGAUUUAGAAACACUUAAUAUCUUUUCAUCUUCUUUGAAUGAAGAAGUUUCUGCCUUUUCUAACUAAAGGCGCAUCCAGCUGCCAGGUUCCUCUCUGGUUACAUUCAGAUACAAAACCUAAUUCAGACAUGACUCUCAUCCCAAUUGAAGUUUUUGGUUUUUACCUUUCUGUUGGGAUUAUUUAUCAUCUGAAAAAUGCAGAGGUAUGGUUGGAUGUAUUCAGAGAGUUAGUGAUGGUCACGGUUAGGUGGGGGCGGGGCUCCGCUCAUGCUCAGACUCAGUAAGCGACCCUCCAUCGGGCUGCCCGCCGUCUUUUAGCAGACGUGGAUCCUUCAGCAGCAGGACGUCCUGUGGAGAAUCUCAGUGUUGGGCCUUAAUAAAAUGUUGAUGUUUUUUAUGGACACAACACCUAAAGUCAGUGUUGCUCCUGUGGAAGAACGAAGCUUUUUACAGGAUAAUAAACUACAUUGAAAUGUGUAUCUUUUAUUUGUAAAACUGUGAAGGACAACGUGGUAAAGUCUAAGAUAAAGUAGAACUUUCACUGCUC